UUUGUAAACUAAAAUUCUUUAGAUAUGCUUCAUUAUCACCCAUGCUAUGGUUGUAUGUAAGGCCGGAGGCCUAUUAUGUAAAUUGCAUGAAUUUACAUUGUGCAUACUGCUGUUGAGAUUAUAUCAUUGUGUUUUAACAGGUUGAAAAAUUUGCGAAAUGUCCGUUUUUCAAGGGAGACUCUGCCGAAAUUUCGGCAGAAAGUCUUGUCCCUCUUAGUAAGUGGGCCCAAAAUCAAAUUGAUGUUGGAAAUACCACAGGAUCCAUUGUGGAUUCCGAGGAAUUAGGGGCAGGUCCUGUCAAACAUAGCACCAUACACAAAGUGAAACCCUUUCUUUUCUUUUUUGCGCUAGGAUCAAGCUAGAAUCAACACCAUCUUUAUAAGUUACAAAAAAAACAAAAAAACAAAACACCCUACAACGGGAAAGAUACAAAAAAAAAUUAAAAAAAAAUAAAAACGUUUCAAACACUAAGUGUAGCCUACUGGAGCUCAGCCAAAAUUGACACAUCAUUACAUGCAAAAAAAGGGUGGAGCCAAAAGUGGUAGGUAACGUCCAGACAGGUGUUGGUGGAGGAAACCUGCGCCAGAGAAGUUUUACCAAAACGCCUAAUACCAGAGGGUGUGAAGCCCCUUGUUUUUCCAAAUUGUCCUUCUAGAAUUCUCGAUUUCAUGUAUAAAUUAACUUAAGCACACCUUGCUGGUAUGUGUGCAAAGCUACCGCAAGCUGGUUACUAUUGAGUAUUCUAAGGUAUUUCUAAUUACCAAAUAGACUUCGCUUCCAUAGAAAGAGACGAUGGCGAAUUCAUCAAACAGAUCUGAAAGCCAAGAAAUGAAGGCAUCUUUGGGAGGGUGCAGUGAUGUAUUAUUGCCUAACCGAGCUCAAUCAGCUCAACAAGUUAUACCACCUCCCCAAGGAGCUCAAGCUGUAGAUGGUCGCUUUGACCUAAAUUUAUUGCCUGAGGAGGAAGAAAAAGACCAACUAAUGGUGGCGGCUGAUGAACCACCAUUGACCGAUGAUCAACAUCAACCACCACCCGCAGCAUAUCAAGAUCAACCACCACCAGCCACGACUGAUCAAGAUUCACCACCAGCUUGGGCUGAUCAACAGCAGCCACCACCAAGUGUGGCUGAUCAAGGUCAGCCACCAGUUGUGGAAAGUGGAGAUCUACAAAGACCAAAACGCGGUCGAGAAAGAUCUGGGCCUUCUGGUUCGAUCACAAUUGACAUUGAUAGGCCAGAUUGGUUGCCUAUUGGGUGGGGGGUCUCUGCCUCAAUGCGCCUAAAUGGUCGGACUACUGGUUUCGUUGACAAGAUUUAUAUAAGCCCGGAAGGAGAAAAGUUUCGGUCUAAGAAGCAAGCUCUCCUUUCGAUUACAAGAAAUAAUGGUGAAAAUAAUAAUUUGUAAUGAAAGGUGCAUUUCUUUAGAAACAUAUUAUUUUGAGAUUAAUGGA